UCCAGGCGCUUGCGCACGAUCGUUACAAGACGCCUGCUGCAAUUUCUUAUUCUUACCCAUCCUCCUGAUAUGGUUACAAGGACCCUCCAUGAACACACAUCUCUCCUUUCUUUACCACCCCCGUCGUUUCUUUUCUAUUCCACUCCCCUUCUCUUUUUCAUUCGGCUGCUUCUGCCCUUUUUUUUUUUUCUUCUUUGAUUUGCUUCUUGAGUCGUCGGUGGUUUGUGCGUGUUUUUCGAUAUUCCAAACCCCACACACGCGGACAGUUGGGGGAGGGGAGGACGCCACAGUGACUCCGUUAGAAACCGACAAGUUCUAAACAUACAAUCAACGAAAAAAAAAAAAAAAAAGGAAAUCGUUUGAAAACUUGACAGUGUCGCCAUCGGCAAUUUUUUUUUUUCUUUCCCCUCUCCCCUUGUUUGGUCGUCUGCAAAAGUUAUUGAGUUUCAAGUGAGCAGCCGACUGGAAGAAGAUUCAGUUACAUAGUACAUCUUUAUAUGCCGUGUGCGAUAGGAUUUUGUUCUUUUUAAACGCACAGUUUUCUUUUUCUUUUUCCUUUUUUUUUGCCUAGAAAACAGGUUGUGUGUCCAGUCAGUGUCGGUGAAGGACAGAAUGAAGAAACUGGACCAGUUUGAUCAGCACGCCAUUCAUCGAGGUCCAACUGGCGUCGUUUUGCCCGUUUCCGCGGGAGGAGCAGGAGGCCGGACUAGUGGUUCAAGUAACAACGCAGGAGGUCAAUCAUCGACGUCAUCGUCGGCGUCUGCAGCUUUCCGGAUGCCCUCGUUGACGAUGCCACUUAAUAUGCCCAUCUCAUUGGCCAUGGCAUCGGUGCCGGCGUUAAACAAUCUCAACACUUUGACCGGUUUAAGUGGUUUGGUUCACCAUUCGUCUGCUGUCCAUCCGACGUCGUCUCAACAGUGUCUCGGGUCAUCGACGCCGGCAUCGGUCGGCAGCGCUGGAAGUCUGGGAGCCAAUUCGUUUACCGAUUCAGAUUCGGACGACGCUGAAAUCGCCAACGAAACGCAACACGAUCAUCAACGUCGUCCGUUGACUGCCAAAAAUCGAACUCAUCUCGCGCACGCCAAGUGUGACGGAGGAGUUUUAGUGUUGAAAGGGCGUGACAACAUCAUGACGACGGGCGGCAAUCCGCGUUCAUCGCCCAUCACGUCCCACCAGUCGCUGUCGUCCACGUUGAAAGAACAUCGCGAUUUGGUGGCCGACUAUCACCAGCAAUUGCAGCAACUACAACAGCAGCAUCAGCAACAACAGCAACAACAACAGCAGCAGCAGCAGCAGCAGCAACAGCAGCAACAACAACAAGAUCAGUCGCGACAUUUGCGACGCGUCGAAACAAAAGGACGUCGCAGUCCGCACAGCUCUGACGGAUCUGCCAGUCCGCCCGAUUCGCCCCUGCACGAUGCCGACCACACAUCCGAUUUGGACGAGUUCAUGGAAUCGGACAACGAAGACGCUGGAGUCGCUCUUGAUUUGGCAAGGAAUUCUAGGCGAGAUCAUUACGGCGAUAUCAGUCAGCAUGACAGCGAUAGUUUUUCCGGCGAAGGCCAGCCGAUCAACGGUCAGUUUUCGGCCACUUUGGGAGGCUCUCCUGCCGCAGCUGCAGCUGCAAAUUUACAAGCUUCGAUAGCUGCGUUGCAAGCUGGACAACUGUCACUGGGACAGAUGUUGGCAAUGAGCGCUACGCAAAACCCUUCGGUUUUGCUGCAAAAUCCCUUGGCCGCCGCCACAGCCGCCGGUCUACCUGGCCUGUCUGGCCUGUCCUUUUCGGCCCAGGAAGUUCAAGCUAUGCAACAGAAUUUUCAACAGCAGGCUAUUCAGCAGUUGGCGUUGCUUCAACAAGGGGCAGCCGCCUCCCAAUUCAGUCCACAGGCCCAGUUUUAUCUACAGAGCCACGUACAACAAGCCCUAGUUCAAGCAGCUCAGCAGUACCAACAGCUGCAGAAACAACAACAGUCAGUCAUUUCGUCUCAGCGAACCAAUUUCACCGACGCUCAACAUCAACUUCACAUCCAACAGCAACACAUUCAACAGCAACACGUUCAGGAGCAGCAGCAGCAGCAGCAGCACAAACAAUUGCAGCAGCAACAACAACAACAACAAGAGAAACAACAGCAAGUCGAACAACAACCGUCUCGAGAACAUUCUCCUCGGCAUCAUCACCAUUCGUCGAAUCCAGCGCCGGCCGAAGUGGCGGCCCCCGUCAUGACGAAAGCGGCGGCGACGCACAGCUCGCGGACGUCGUCCAACUCUUCGUCGGCCUCUGGUCAGCUGACGAUCGAGGUCGGCACAGCCGGCAACGCUGGCACUGGAACGAACCCUGCCGCCACGCCGCUGUACGACUUGCCACCGGAAGAGACUACGGAUCUAGAAGAGCUGGAACAGUUUGCCAAAACGUUUAAACAGCGAAGAAUUAAACUCGGUUUCACCCAGGGUGAUGUUGGUUUGGCCAUGGGCAAACUGUACGGCAAUGAUUUUAGCCAGACGACCAUAUCACGUUUCGAAGCGCUCAACCUGUCGUUCAAGAACAUGUGCAAAUUGAAGCCGCUUCUGCAGAAAUGGCUGGAAGACGCCGACAGCGCUCUGGGUGGCGGUGGCAAUGGCCCUGGAGGCAACGGCUGCCUGGGCGGAACGACCGGACUGGCCAGCAUUGCAUCCGGCGGCGUUGGCGGCGUUCCCUUGUCUUCGCCGCUAGGUGGCGGUGGCGGCGGCAGCAGCGUCAGCGACGGAUUGGGUCGUCGCCGGAAGAAGAGGACGUCGAUUGAGACGAGCGUGCGAGUCGCGCUGGAAAAGGCGUUUUUGGCCAAUCCGAAACCCACGUCGGAAGAGAUCGCCAUGCUGGCCGACGGCCUAUCUAUGGAGAAGGAAGUUGUCCGCGUCUGGUUUUGCAACAGACGCCAAAAGGAAAAGAGAAUUAAUCCGCCGAGCAGCGGGAUGACAAGUCCGAGCCCAUCUGGGCCUGGUGGGAUUGGCGGAUCGGGUGGACGCGAUGGCAACAAUAGCAGCGGAGGCGGCGGUGGCGGCAGCGUGACUCCCACCAUUCCGGUGACUCCGCCUAACACGGCGGCCAUGCUGGCUUCGAUUGCGUCCAUCACGCCGCCAUCGUCGCUGACGGGACUCGGCUCUUCGCCGCUCUCUCCCGAUCCACCGACUCCACCCAACGUACCUCUGUCUCUCGUUACGACUGCCCAUUCGUAUCCGCGCGGCGGAUCGCCGCCGACGUCCAUGUCGUCUCACCAGCUGGCCAUGAACAUGGCGAUGGGCAUGCGCUCUUCGCCCACGUCCUCCUCUUCACCUCUGCCCCUCUCUUUGACGUACAAUCCUAGGCUCGGUUUGGGUUCGACGGGUCCGGCUACAAUUCCCACCGAAUGAACUUUGCAGUGAGCGCCGGAGGGGGGUAGUGAGAAGUGGGUGACGGAUUAACGAUUGGCAUUCGUUUUGAGCCCUCCCCCUCCCCGCUCCUGUUCAAGUCCUACGUAAAAUAGUUCCUUCUUUGUGUGUGUGUGUGUGUGUGUGUGUGUGUGCGUGUGUUUCUUUAUUUAUGAAAUUCUUUUUUGCUGUUUUUUUUUUUUCAUUUUGUUUUUGUUUUUUUUUUGGUUUUUUUUAAAUCCCAUUUCUUCUCCCUUCCAGAGACGUAAAUGUCAGCUGUUCUCUUUUUGAUGGUCGUGUGAUAACGACGAUGAUGACGUGACAACUAUCAUAGACAAAUGUGAUCUUUUCGAUGGGGGGGAGGAGGAUGAAAAGAUGAAGGAGACAGAGAGAGAUAAAAAAAGAAAAAGAUAAAAAAACAAAAACAAAAACAAAGGUGUGUAGAUAGUCAAGUCAAAAGUAUUUUAAUUGUUUCCUCUGAUGUUGUUGGAGGAGCAGCAAAACUAUAGUUCCUCACAAACAAUGCACCGUUCCUUUGCUGUGACGAUGUCUGUUGCCAAAAAAAAACAAAAAACAAAACACAUUUGGUUGGCGGCUAAUUUCAGUGAACAAACGUUGCGGUCAGGUCAUCACUUGUUUGUUUUGAAAUGAGAGAAUGAGGUCGUUCGUUUCUCGGCAGUGAGGUUUCCUCAAAUGUUUGGCAGGUUGCUUUAGCAGAUGUUAGGUUCAGUGUGUGUGUGUGUGUGGUCCAUUUCGUUCGAAAGGGUUUCUUCAUGUGUGUUCCGUACCUUUUUCAAACAAGAACCAUCGCCACACGCUCUAUGAGAGACGUCAAUGAUGUCAUUCUUCUUCUUUUCUUUCCCCCCCUCCCUCACUUGUGGCACUCGGAACGACCUGAUCAAUUGAAAUGUAUGGAACACACCUUCGUUUAUCUUCGACAGAGUCGGACCCGCGAUGAAUGAAAGAUUGAAUCUGAUGCUUUUAAAGCGCCAACGUAACCAGCACCUUCAUAACAAGAUUUCGAUGCAAAUGUAUUCUUCUGUUUGUUGGUUUUUUUUGACAACUUAAUCCCCGUGAUUGAUUCUGUCCCUCGAUUUUUCAACAUGUUUUUUUUUUUGUAUCUCACGCGUUCUGGUCUAAAUGUCGAUUGUUACACGCCCUGAAAAUGGAAAAAAAGAGACAAACCUAAACGAGUUGUAUGACGAGCCAGUCGACAUUUUUUUGUUUUCAUUCGUGUUGUGUUUCAUUUCUGCCCAUGUUUUUAUUCAAAUAAUUAUGGGUUGAAAAAAAAAAAAAAUGGUGGGUUGGCUGGCCUUAAGAAGCUCGUAAUGUUCCUAUUAUCAUGUUCCUCGGGUACGGUGUUUUUCUGCGUACAUUGCGAAAUCCCACUCCCCCCCCCCCUUUUUUUCUUCUGUAAUUUGUUUAUUUUCAGUCAAUCCCUGCCGACAGAAUGAAAGAUUGUUUUUGAAGAUAGAAAUCUAUGAGAAAAACACGUGGCAUUCUUACACCAGUUUUGCCGAUUCGAUCCCGUCGCACGGCUUGUAAAAUCCCAUUGUAUCCUUGUGGAAAUUUAAUAGUUGUGUCAUUUUUUUUUUUUUUUCUCCAUCCUGUCUAGUGUCUGUUGACUGUUCAUUUUUAUUGUAGUUGUGUGUGUGUGUGUGUGAAAAGUACUAUGAAAGCAAAUGUCGUGUCUUCUUUGGCAAGAAGGAAAAGAGAAAAAAAAAGGAGGAAACUGUUUUUAACAAGAAUAGUUGAUUUAGUUCCGGUUUGGAACGUUAUCUGUGUAAAAACAAAACAAACAACAAAAAAAAAACAGUCUUGUUUCCAAGUGUUUGAUCUUCUUCAAUUUCUCUAUACAUAAAAAUUUGUACAUUUGUAUCCUGUUUUGAUGACGUUUCGUUCACAGUGGCUGGUCUAUGGGGGACUGGUUCCCGUACAUCAGGUUUUUAUGAUUGGAUUUGUUUUGAUGGUUAGAAUCGUCCAAGAAUCGGUUGCCAUUUUUUUUUUUAUUUUUUAUAUAUAUAAUUCUCGUUUGAAAAAUGGGUUCGUUGGUGGUAGUUGGAUUAUACGAACUCGAACGUUUGAGUGCUCUAGCAGAUGUUUUGCAGAGCCGUUGAGUUCUCAGCUGGCGUGUAAGAAGGCAAGAAAAGCUCUAGAGUCCAAGAAAGCACGUACUCGCAGCCGGCAAGCAUUACGUAGUAUUGUAAAACCUAUCAAAUCCCCUUCUAUUAUCCUCCUUUCUUUUUUAUUAUUAUUAUUUUUUUAAAUGUUGUAUAUGACAAAGAACGCCCUCUCCUCCCCCGUUCAAACCCACCCCCACCGUCACCCUUCGUGCUUUUCCCCUGUAAUCUGUCCCAUUGUGUUUUUCUUUUUUUUUUUGUACAGACCUAAAAAUUGCGUUGGAUGGAAAUUUGAAAUGUUUUUUUUUUCUGUUGUCAGUCGUGGAAACAAGCAAAAAUACAUCAUUCUGUAUUAA